UGAUAGUUUCGAGCGAGCCGAUUAAGCUGAAAUUAAAAAUGGCGCGGUUGUGCCAGGAAUUUGGGAAAAUGCAAAAACUUGUUUGUUUUGGAAGACUUAUUAACAGGGGUAGCAUUUUCCAUGGUAACAACAUAUCAGUAAGAGCUGCAAGCAACACCGGAGGAAAAUCUCCACCUAUAAAACCACCAGGUUCAGAGUGGAUUGAUCAAGGAUGGAAGGAUGAUGGGACAGGUCUUGGUGAUUAUCCUAACUAUCAAGAAUGGUCAUAUCAAAAUCGAGAUCCUAACCUCAAAUAUUGGGACCAACAGGAAAGAAGGCAUUUCGGAGAACCCCUCCAUGUGAAUCACGAUGCACUAAAUGUUUGGAUGCCUGAUGAUAUGACAAACCAUAAGUAUUCCCAUGGUGAAAUGGCAUUGCAUUUAGGGAUAGCAUUAAGUUUGCUUGGUGCAGUUGUUUGGUAUUCCGAAUAUGUUUAUGAUGCACCUUCAAGGAACCCAGCAGUUCCCAAACCAUACCCUUACAAUAACUUGUACUUAGAGUUGGGUGGUGAUCCAGAAAAAAACCCAACAGAAGCUGAUUUAAAGAGAAAAAUACCACGGCCACAUUUUGGGUGGUAGAAAUUCAUGUAAAUUAUAACAUAUAAUUAACAUCUUUGUAAGUAUAUAUAAGCAGACAUUGAUAGGCUCCAUUGUUUCCAUGUUCUUCAGGGCAUCAAAAAUUAGAAACUUAUAAGUGAUGUUUUUCAUGCACUUUAUGAGAUUUAGUUAAACCUAAGUUAAACAAGCAAUAAUAAAUUAAUGUUAAUUCUUUGAAGAAAUAAAUAUGUUGCUUGAUAGAAAA